UUUUUGAAUGGUGUUUUGAUGAAGGAUGAUUGAUUUUAAUUUGACUUGAUGGUGGUGUUUAUGAAUCUUUCUAAAUAUUCUUCUUAUUUUUUGAAUUUGCUUCCUGCUUAACUGUCGUCUUGAUUUUCUGUGGUAUUUUCCUUGUCUUCUGUUAUUGUGAUAAUGUGACAGGUUAUGAUGUUUGCCAGUUUUGUUUGUUACAGGAGGUGUCUUCGGUGGAUUAGUGAUGCCGGCCAUCGACGGUUUGGGCUGUCCCUCGGUUUGGUGGGUGGCGUCCUCCGGCUCCUCUCUGUGUUCGGCGGGAUAAGGAUCGGCUCCAACAUGGACAUGCUGGGUAUCGAAGGAGCAGCGUGUGGUGGUGAGGUGGUUGGUACGUCCUGGAGCUCGAUCUGGGUGGAUGAAUGUUGGCCCAGAUUAUUGGUGUUGAAGCCCAUGGAGGAUAUGCUGCCGGGCUCGCGACUCCUUGGGGUCUCUGCCUCGUCGUCCACUGGAGUGGGAGUGCUGGAUGGAGCGUCGUCAACUAUUGCCGCAUCUGCCUGUGCGCUGGGUCCUGAGGGUAGUGCUACUGGGUACGAGACAUCCGAAUUGGGGUUGGAGUCUUCCAUGGUGAAGUGGCAGAUUCUUGGCUGACAGCGUGGAAGUUCGAGUGACAGUUCGGUAGUGUGUGAGCAGACAAGAGAAUCGAUGCUAAUUUGCUUAAAAUUAGAUAAGUGAUGAGAUAAGUGAACAACAAAUAUUUAUCACAGUGAUUAGUGCUGCGAGAUGACUAGAGGAUAAUUCAGUGCACGUUGACCUUCAAUUGUUCGAGGUAAACAUAUAAACAUUAGAAAUUAACAAUAAAAAUAUGACAUAUAAUACUAACAUAUAGCAAUUGCCUGUGAGGUAGGAUAUGAAACCUUCUUGUUUUAUAAUUUUCGUGUGGUUCAGUCCACAUACAAAAUUGAUCUGUUCAAUCUCAAGUUCGUUCUUUCUCUCCCCCAAAAAUUCAUCACUAGUUGACAAAUCUUUUACCCACACUGAUCAUGCAGGGCACGGCUUAUUAAUAAUUGGGGUUCUGUGUCCCUCUAGUUUGAUUAGGAUUGUUAUAAUGAAUAUUCAGGCUAAGUUUGACAAGUUGGGAUUGAUCCAAAGUUUGAAAAAAAUUCUGGGUACUAGUGAAAUAAUUAUGUAAUCUUAUAGUGUAGCUGUACAUGCCUAGGGGUCUCAUCAGAGGCUAACACAGUUGGGCGCCAUGUGUCACGUUCUGCUCCUGGGAGGGGCAUGAACAUGCACUAAAAUUGAUAAUUAUAAACUUUCAACAAUUAUACCAAAAUUACAAUCAUAAACCAUGAGCAAUAUUUCUCAACGUUUAAUGCCCCACGUUGUGUCGGCAUGUGUCAAAUCCCAGUCUCUGGAGGGGCGUCAUGUGUCAUGAUCUUACUCCAAAGGGGGGACACGGAAAUGUAUAAUUGGAACUAUAUGAUAAUAAAUUAGAAUUAUAAUUGUUCGGUCUUGAGUACGAUUUCCUUGUACAUUGGGUCUUACCUGGUGUCAGCGAAUGUUGUAACCUAUUUUGUUCCGUAGAAAGAAGAGGACGUAAAAUGAACAAGUAAUUGAUGGUUAGAAUAGUCAGAUUAAAUAGAAUAGUUGAACGGUUGUAAUAUUUGAGGUUAUGAUUCAAUGAUAGAUAUUUGCAGGUUAGAUUGAUUGAUCUUUGUUUAAUCGAAUUGUCGAUAUCACUUAAAUUGAUGUAUCGAAGCAGAAUGACUAGUAUAUGGAUGGGACGGAUUGAAAAGGUCAACUUGCUCAACAGAGGGUUUGUCGGUCUACAAAGGUAGCCGAAGUAAGGGACCUGAGACUCUAACUUAAUAUGGUAGGUGGCUAUAAUAUAGUGAGGUGGAAUUAAAUUCACUUUAAUAAUAAAAUACAGUUCAACUUGAAUCUGCU